UCUGCAGCGGCACAGCGAUGAUGUGUGAGGAAAUGAUGAAAAUGGCUUGAUAACUCAUUUUCGUUCCCGCUACAAAGUCGAAUGUGGUGUGGAAAAAAAGUCGUUGAGGUUUUUAACCGCUACAAUUUGAAAUUUGUAAACCACGUGACACAUAGUAUUCAAACGCGCUGUCGAUAACUUUGUAGCAGCAUCGGUGAGAAAUUUCUCAUUUCAAUGAAAUUGUUUGCAACCAUAUCAAAAGCUGCUACUUUGGUUUUCGUUGUGGUUAAAACUUUGCAUGCCACACACGUUGCCAAAAAGUUUAUUCCAACCGAGAGUGAGGGAGAGAGGGAGCGAGAGAAAUGUUGUCCAAAAAUUCCAAAGCCAAAGUAUCGGGAUAGAAACGAAAAUAACUCAAAUUCAAUCCGUUUGAACGGAGUGUCGGUUGUGUGUGCCAGGGUACAAUCUAUACUUGUGUGUUGAUUUACGUAUAUGAACGGAUUUCGUGCACACACACGAUGGAUGGUGAAACGCAUGCGUUUGCUAAAUAAAUAAUCAUUCUCCAAAGCCAUACAUGGAGAAUUUUCUCUGCAGUAUUUCGUGUUUUAUCCCUUUCUUUCAUCCAUUCUUCUCUGUUCUUCUCUCUCUAUCGAAUCGUGUUGUUUACUGCCUAUUGCCGUGUUGGUAUGUUGUGUGUAUAGCACCAAUAUGAAAGAAAAAAACGAACUAUCAGACUAUUCCAUGUCAAAUGUGGUGGCGGCAGCCCCUCCAUGUGGAUAAUCAGGACAUGAAUCCUGUUCAUUCCGACAUUUCAAAUGGAAUUGCUCGGUUUGUGCUCAUGCACAGUGACAUAAGCAGUCAUUUAUUUUGCCAUUGCUUUAUUAUAAAUUGCGACGUGUGACGCUCCAUCACGUUAGUGUGUGCUUUUGAUUUUGAUUGGCGAAUUCUGAAGAGUCGAUCCAACAUGUUGGAUAUACUCGAAGUUGCGUCAACAUGAAACCAGUCAGGGCUUCUGCGGUGCGUCGAGAAGCCCGAUUCACAAUGCAACAUUGUGCUAAACAAUUUAACUACGGUCGCAUAAUGGAAAUGAGUGCAUCCACUUCAGCUCGAUCACGGCUUCAUCGGAAGAGCCAACAUCGAGUGCAACGACAAAAACAACCAGAACAACCACAAAAUCAACAGUCAUUAUUGUCAGCAAAUGCAUUUACAACGAUGCUCCAUAUAUUCUGUAUAUCGGUAUUUUAUUUGUGCUUCGUAAAUGCCAUUCCAUUUGUUGCUGCAAAUAGUGUGUCAGAAAGUGGUGGCAAAAAUGGAGUGAAUCUCAACACUGAUGUACCGACAACAACUGAAUUUGAUUAUGGAAACCGAGGGAUCAAAAAGUUCGGCGACAAAUGCGAAACAACACAAGAAUGUGGCUUUCCGGGCUCAAUUUGCGAUUCGAAAAAGAGGUCGUGUCAAUGUGUUGAGGCACUUCCCGUUACUAAUCAUAUUGAUAAAUGUGGAAAGGAGGCGUCAAUUAAUGAAAGCUGCUUUUUCAAUGAGCAAUGCGAGGCGUUCAAUUUCCUAACGGAAUGCCGUGAUGGAAGAUGCAUUUGCCGUUUCGAAAUGUCACCAAUUCCAAACAAAGACGGAACCAUUGAAUGCAAAGUCACGCGAGAGUCGCGAGAACCGGAGAGAUACGUUGAUCCAGCCAUGAUUGGGAUACUUGCUGGAAUGGCGCUAAUGUUUGUCAUUAUUUGCGUCGUUUUACGUCUAUUCAGUCGUGCUCGAUGGCGUGAAAAUCGAACUAUUUUCAAUACGCCAAAUCCGCGCCUGAUGAACGUAUCUCUGCUUCGAGAUAAUAAGCUAAUGCAUAGUCAGGAGCGUCGUGGUUCGCGUAUGUCAAUGAGGAUGCCAUCUCGUCAACCGAGCAUGGUAUCGUUGCGUCCGCAUUCGCCCAAUCCAUCGAUAGGUAGGCAAGGUUCACGACGAUGCUCUCGAAACAAUAGCAACACAUCGGCAGCGUCGACCCGAUCAAACAGAAGUGGCAGCACUGCUCACAGCUUGUCAAACCGACAGCAUGUAGAUGGAAAAUAUCGUGUUCCGACAACAUUGUUAGAAACCAAAUCAUCGUACAACUCAUCGACCGAUCGAAAUGGCAGCGCCGAUAUCAAUCAUGAUCCGAAAGUGACCAAUGUCACGUUGCCCAUCAGUUCAAGUUCGCACUCAUCCACUGGCAUGGUGAACAUAUAAGAAGACUUGUCACCACAUUAACUGGAUUUGUUGAACAGAAACAACACACACUAAAUGAACGGAGAAUUUAAAGAAAUAAAUGACACGGGAACCAAAUUGCGUGCUAUCUACUCAAAAACCGAUCAAAGAGAGACAAGUAGCCAUUUGUCCUUUUUUAACAAGUAUACUUCCAUAUGAAAAGAAUGGUAUGAUCAUCAGUAGUGCUUAAACAUUGAAUCAAAAGAAGAAAAAACGAAGUCAAUGCUCUCUCUCUCUCUACCUAUCUACUUUCCGUUAUCCAGUGAUAAUGAUUAAGCACGUCGUUUGGACACCAAACCAACAGAGGAAAAAAAACCUCAUAUUUAAAGAAGAAGAAAUAAUACUUUAUCCCAAAAAAAUGCGUAGAAGUUUGACACUGAUGAAAUAAUCUUCGAAAUUUGGCCCAACAACUGCCACACCACAUUAACACACGCACAUACACACCAUUCACCGAAUACAGUGGCACACAGUUUUGUCUGUAAUGGCGUCAGUCAGUUUGAAUUGAAAGAAGAAAAUAAGAAGAAAAUCGAUAUUUUUUCUGUAUUCCAUAGUUCCGAAUACAUCUUUAUUAGUCCUAGUAUAGCGCUGGAGAAUAUAGUUGAAAGAAAAAAACGAAAAAAAAAAAUUUUACUCGAGCAAUUUUCUUUUUAAAAUUGUUUCUUUCAAAACACCUAUAAAUAUAUAUAAAACUAUGAACACACAGAUUAUGUCUACCAUCUAUGCAGCUAUUUGGGUAUAUAGAGAAAAUUACGAAAAAAACACAAGCCGCAAAAAAUGUUGGAAAAUUCUUUGCAAUAUUAUAGGGACCAUCGAAACUCUUUUCAAAACAGAACUAUUUAGAAGAAGAAGAAGACGAAGAAAGGUGCAAAUUUAAAAUGAAAAUGAAAAGAAAUAAAUUAACGACACAGAAGAAGAGAGAAACAAGUAAAUAAAUAUACGUAUUUAAUAGGAUUGUAUGAACAAAACAAACCGAAUAGCAAAAAAAAAAUGCAUUUAAAAUCGUGACAUAUACGCAGCUAGAUUACCGUUUAAGGCGGCAACGUUUGGAAGCUUUAAAGAGCAAUAUUAGUUAAACGGCUAAUUCAAAAAAAAAAUUGAACAAUCAUUAGUGCAAGCAAGAUUUCAAAUACAGCCAAACAAAAAAAAAUAUUCAACACAUAUAUAUAUAUAGAAAAUAGUGGAAUUUUUUUUUCGUAGAUUUAAAGAACAUCAAAAAAAAACUAAACAAAGAAAAAAAAAAUAGUUGAAAAAUGCAAAUCGAUAAAGUGACUACUAGAGUUCGUUAGAAAUUAUUAAUCAAAUGCGGUCAGCUGUAGAUGAAUUGUUCCAAUUUCAGUGCGAUUCGUAGUCGAGCAAGCGAGCGUGAUACAGACCGAAAAAGUAAUUAAUCGAAAAUUGCUUAUCGAUUGAUAAAUUGGCAAUGGGAAAAGUGAAGUGUACGCGCGUAUUUCAGAACGCCAGAGUAUUCUUUUUUCGAAAAAAAAAUCCUACAUUGCGGGUUCAAAAUGUCGAGUGUGGCGAUAACAAGCGUAUUCUAAAAUGCCUUCAGUUUUAUGUCUGCUGCAUAUGCAUAAUUCUCAGCUGAAAAAAAAACAUACACAAACACACGUACGUCUGAUCUAACACGGAAAUUUGGAGUGAUAUUGUGGGAUUUUAUUUCCACAACAGAAAGAUGACAAGAAAAAAUCGUCACACGUACAAGCUGAUCAAUUUUCUUCACAAAUGAGCUGGGAUCAUAUUAAUCUAGUUAUAAAAUUAUUUUCACCUUUUUAGAUGUAAAAUCAAAACGCAUACCGAAACGCUUUUUUAGCUAAUACAUUUUUUUUAGAAUUAAGUAUAAACAAAAUGAACGAGACAUGAUGAUAUUCCUUUAUAUUAAUUUUUUGACUGUCCCCCCUGAACUUUAUUCGAACUUUUUUAAUUCGACUGUCUAGACUUUUUUAGGUGUUGCAAUUUAUUUUCGAUUUAUUACCUUUAUGAUUAAGAAUUCGUUUUUCUCACCCAUAUUUUCUAUUCAUAGCUUCGUCAAUCAACGUUGAUUUCCGGACUAUUGCUUUUCGAACGACACAUUUAAAGAAGAAAACACACAGAGAAAUGUGCAUUUUACCUUCUCUCCCUCACAAAUUUCUUCAUAAACAUUUCCUCUUAGUUUCGAAUUAGUUCACAUGAAAGGCGUCGUCAAUUUUACAAAAUGCUCAACCAAAUCAAAUAGGAAAGAGAGGAAAAAAAACCAUUUAGAUGUUGCUUAUAAUUUUGGUUAUUUUUGUGUAUUUUAACAUAUGCAGCGAGACUAUCGUGAUACUUAAUUAUUUUACAAAAAUCAAAUGGAACAUCUAGAAGAAGAAGAAAAAAAUCAGUAGACGACUAUUGUCGAUUAUUCAUUAGAGUUGCUUAGGUUAAUCAUAUAUUAUAUCCGGUACGAUGCAAAUACGCAGCGGUAUGUGGAUGAUCGUUUUUCGCUUGUUUGUUGAUAUGACCAGAUUCCGCCAAAUUAAUAUUGACACAAUUUAGAAAUCUGAUUUAGACAUUUGAUUUUUUUUCCCUUCGAUUUAUUGAACAUAUUUAGGCGACUUAAUCAAAAAGCAACAACUACAAUGAAAUGUAUAUGGCGGAAAAAGUUUGCGCCAAAUUUUUGGUUUUAUUCGAACAUUUGUUGUUCCAAACAAUUUGUUCACCACACAUAUUCUUUUAGUUGGGUCAAUGUUACUCUAUUUCCAAGUGAUAUCUGCGUACUAUACGGCAAUGUUGUUUCCUUUUAUUCUUGAUUUGGAUUUUUUUUGUUAUAAUUGUUGCUUUUUGCACUAAGUUAGAUUAGACUAUUUCCGAUGGUUCAUCCGAUCGGUUCCUUUUUUGUAUUACAUUAUGAAUCGCCCUCUUUGAAUGAGGGAUGCAUUAAACAUAGUUUCCAUUAACGACAUCUUUUCUAAGACAUUUGAAUCUGUUCUCAUUCUUUCUUUUUUAUCACCGGAGUUGUGCCAUUUCAAUCUAUUUUUUACUGCGCCGUUUUCGUGCAACUGCGACAAUCACAACCAAAUGAAGUAACGAAUCUCUCUGGCACACUUACACACUAUGCAUCACCAAGUGGUCAGCUUCCGCCUGAUAUUCGCAACGGAAAUCGAACCAAUUUCCACAUAAAAAAAACGCAACCAAACUAACUGUAACUCAGAAUAAUAGAAUUGCUCGAUGCAGAGACGAUUGUUUGAUAAUAGAUUCUUAAAAUGAAUGGAUUCGUAGAAUGGAAACGACUUGGACACGGCAACAGAUUGAGUCCGUCAAUUUUCAUUAGAAAAUUAAAAUGACAUCAUCAACAUAUGAAAGCCAUUCACUUUGUCAUAAAGUCUUUGUGCACAUAUAAAAAUUUUCAUUCGCCAAAAUGAACCAGAUCGUGGAAGAUGGCAAAUUAAUGUUUCAGUAUGAUAUCCGUUGCCCGAAAAAAAGUUUUUCGAACGUUUCUUAUCGCGAUCCAAGGACACUUUCAAAUAGUGUUGGGCCGAUCAACGACGGUCAACUAGCUUCAAAAUAUCAAUUCACACACACAGAAAAUGUAUGGCACAUAUCGAACUUAAAAAAAAAACAAAGUUAAAGUAUGCUACGAUUUAUCAUGGAAUAGCCCGGAAAAGGAGAGCGAAACAAUAGAAAAUCAAAUAGACAAAGUUAUCUCUGUGUUAUUCGAUCAUUGAAUUUUUGCCUUAUUUGCAAAUACGAAAGCUACAAUGUUUGGUGAAUUACUACCAAAAAAUUCUCGGUUUUUCCCGUUUUUAUUGGGAUGCGUUACACAUAUACAUUAGUUGCUUGUUUGUGUACUUAUUUCACGUGAAACGAAAUCAAAACUGAACAAAAGAACAAACCAAAAAAAAAACUUUAAAAAGUAUUCAAUCUCAAAAAGUGCGACUUAAAAAAACGGUGCAAUUUUAUAUAUACAAAAUUUUAACUCUUUUCUUUUAAUGUCUCUUUAAACAAACAAAAAUACAACAACAAAUUGAAUGAAUCUGACCAAGAAGAGACUUGCCAAUACUACGACUACUUUUCUACAUGCAAAUUAUUAUAUUUAGGACAAUAUAUAAAUUCACGAAUAUCUCUAGCAAAAAAAAAUGGAUUCUUUAAUUCUACUAUAUAAGCGAUAGACAACAACAAAAACUAAAUAAAAAAAAACACAAAUUCUUCUAC